AUGCUCACCGCCGCGUUGCUUCUCCACCCCAUGCACAGGCCCCGCUCCACCUCCACACACUCACGGCCUAUCGGUACUGGUACCAUCAAAAACCAUGCUCUCAAGGGUGAGAAUGUUCAGUUGGGUACACUCCAACAAGUUACCUCCCCCAUCUCGUCUCUGCCUCGCUUCGGCCAAAACAUGGAUGUUAUCAUGGUCAUUGGUGGUGUGUCUGAGGGUGGUGAUUACUUGAGUGAGUGUGUGGGGUACUUUAUUGAUGAAGAUAGAUGGGUGAAUUUACCGCACAUACACAACCAUCUUGAUGGACAUGCUGUGGUAGUAACCGAAUCCUAUCUUUAUGUGGCAGGUUCCAUGGAGCCUGGCUUUGCCAAGACCAUGGAAAGGUAUAACCCAGGUAGAAAUGUUUGGGAGCAGGUUUCUAAUCUGAUAACUAGGAAGCAUUCUUUUGGACUUACUGAGGUAAAGGGAAACCUCUACAGUAUUGGUGGGCAUGGGAAUUUUAUCCCUGGUUUUAAAGAUGUAGCUGUCUACAAUCCUGAUCAAGAUAAGUGGCACAACUUGGAGUCUGCACCAAAGAUACUCCGGGAUGUUAAAGUGAUUACAAUAGAUAACAGAUUUGUUUACAUGGCAGCUCGCACACCAGUUGAUGGAGAUAAUGAAGAUGGCUUGAGGUCUUUCAUUAUUCGCUAUGAUGCAGACACACGACAGUGGCGAGAUUGUGAGUCUCUGCCACUCCUUGACAACUAUUGCUGCUUCCAAAUAGUGGUGGGCAAUACCAAUUUUUACCACACCGCUUCAUGUUGUCCCAGAAGCUAUCCUCUAGACCAUGAAGAGGCCAAGAGAAAAAUCUCUAACCAGGUAUCUGAUGACAUUCUGGAAAGCUUGCCACCAGAGGUUCUUAGCAUUGAAGGGGCGGCUAUCUGCUAUUACAAAGAUGAUAUCUUCAUCAUAGGUGGGUGGAAGAACAGUGAUGAUACUGAUAAACAGUACAGAAAAGAGGCCUACCGCUAUUGUGCUGAGAAGAAGCGUUGGUUGUUACUCCCUCCUAUGCCUCAGGCUCGCUGCCGUGCUACAGCCUGUCACGUGAGAAUCCCCUUUCGGUCCUUACAUGGUACCCAGAAAUAUCCAAUGCCACAAAACCUAAUGUGGCAGAAGGACCGGAUCCGGCAGAUGCAAGAGAUACACCGACAUUCCUUAAGUUUACGUAGGAUGCCUCGGUCUCAGAUAGAAUGCUAGCUUGAAUAAAUACAUCAGAAAUACUCGUCUGUAAUUGUCAUGCCUGACAUGGACUAAUGGUCACCAAAACUGCUGAAGCGUUGGAGACAAGGCUUCUUAGGGUUAAGUAUUUGAUGUGGAUUACAAGCACCACAUGGA